AUGUAAAUAGUAAGAUUGAAUAUUUAAGCUAAUACCUCAAGGAAUAGACCCCUUAAAUCACCAGAGAAAAGGUUAACUACAACAAUAUAAUUUCCCAAUUAUAUAUUCUUAGGUCCUUAGGAAAACAUAAAAAUUGUGAAAUAUUCAAAGACCAUUAUUUCAAGUAGUAUCAAGUUGUUAAGAUCAAGUUCACCAUAAAAAACUUAAAACAUAAGUUUAGCUUUAGAAUUCGCUCAUGCCUAACCUAAACAUUAAAAAACAUAAAGUGUUCAACUUAGUCAAUAAAAUGUUGAAUAAUUUUUCAAAACUUAAUUCUAGAAUCAUGAAUCAAUUCAAGGUAAACCAUAUCCUUUAUCAAAAUAUGGUUAUGGACUUGUAAAUAAUCAUAAAUCUGAAAUGACUUUAGAUACAAUAAGUGAUUAUCCAAAUACUCCCACUUUAACAGUUCCUGCGUUAAAAAUUGUUGAUAAAGCAAGUAAUGUUUGGAGUGGAAAUAAAUUCAAUUUAUCAAAGAAAUUAAAUGGAUCAAUUCAAUUCUAAAAUGGAUUUGUUUAUGAAGGAGAAUUAUUGAAUUGUGAUAAUACAAUAAUAAUAGAUGGUUAUGGAAAGCUAUUUUGUGAUGGAUCAAAAUUGAGAAUAAUUUAUGAAGGAAGAUGGAAAAAUAACUUAUUUCAUGGAAAGGGAAUAUAUUUCAAUCAAUACUAAAUUGAAUCUUCUAAAGAUUGGCAUUUUAAUUGGAAAAUGAUUUAAGGUAAGAUAUUAAUUAUAUAUUAUUAGGAACUUUCAAUAAAGGAGAAAUAAUACAAUGUAAAAUUGAUUUUUUCUUAAGUGAAGAGAUAUUGUUACAUAAUAUAGAUUACUAAUAAUGA